AUGGAGGACGGGAUUUCGGGCGACAGUCGCAAGGCGUCGUCGAGCGACAAGAACCACAUCACGCUGCGCAGUCGGCGCGUGCGCACAUCUGGAAGUAGCGAAAGCAGUGGUCUUUUGGGCGGACGACUCUUAGCUGGCAACGAGCCGCCCGUAUCCGCGAUGUUCCCCGUGACAGCUGUCACUCAGAGCGCCGCCUCGGACGUCGAGCAGCCGCAUGGCGCCUCGCCGUGCGACAAGCGGCGGCAGUCCGCGGAGGAGGGGCUGAGCGUGUACAAGCGGCGGCGCAUGAGCUCCUUGCCGCCCGCCACACACCCGCUCGCUACCCUGCCCACCAAUGCCGUUAGGGUUAGCUCCGCUGCUCCGACCGGGGGAGAGCAGAGCGCGGGAAGCACGGUGAGCACGGCUGGUGCGGAAGCAAAGGCGGAGUGGAGUAGCGGAGACAGGGAAGCCGGCAGAAGAGAUGCGCCUUCUGCUGCUGCCUUGUGCGCGCAAGGAUCUCAGGCGCAGGCGCAGGAACAGGCGGGACCACAAGCAUGCGCAGAGGCGAGCGAUGGGAGGCAGGCAAAUGGGGAGUGGAUGGGGGCCGUUGAUCCCGCUGGUCCCGCGGUACUGGAGGUGGAGGUGGCGGGCGAAGUGGCGGUGGCGCUGCACCGCGUGCCCCCGCGCGCGCCGCCACCCGCGCGGCUGCUGCACCCGCCGGUGGCUUUUGAGAGCUCUGUUGAGCCAGCGACCCUUCGCCCUGCUGUGUGCGUGGUGGAAGCGGGAGGGGGUGCGGAGGUAGCGGCCGUGGCGGUGCUUGCGGCGAGCCCUGUGGCGGGGCAGGCAGGCAGCCCGCACGACUCGAGCCACGAGCACGCGGACGGGGACUCGCUGGGGUGCGGUUCUGACUGCGCCAUCUGCUUCCGCGCGUCAGGGGAAGGGGAUGCAGCGGCGGUGGUGCAGAGCUGUGAGGGGGACGCUGCUGGCACACGCGCUGGGGGGAAAGUGGGUGGAGACAAGGAGAGUGGGGACAAGGGGAGGGACGCCGAUGGUGGGGACAAGGAGAGCCAUGGCACGGACGGCAGCGCAAAGGAGGGGGGUGCGAAGGUCGCGGCUACCAUGCCAGGACCGAAUGGGGUCAUUCCCCGGGGGCCAGGCUCCUGUGGGCAAGCCUCCACUGCCCUGCCCGCCUUGUCCCCCCUUGCUCCCAUGUCCGACUCCCCUUCCCUUGCCCAUACCGGUUCAGGCGCACCCAAACCCGCGGGCGAGGCGGGCAGCCCGUGCGAAGCGGGCAGCCCUUGGGAAAUACCGGGGGCGGGCGGGCAGCAGAGAAGCGAGGGCAAGGCGGAAGGGGGCGAGAAGGGCGGGUUGGAGCGCGGCGUGGGAGGGGUGCAGGCGAGUCACAGGAUGGUGGCUGAGAAGGCUGAGGACGCUUGUGGGGAGGUGAUGGAUACGUGCGAGCAGAUGGGUGGGGAGAAAGGAGACGGUGGGGCCCGAGGAGGAGACUUCACAGCGGACGAGAAGGUUGUAGUGAGGGAAAGCGGUCUGAAAGACUUGGGUAUGGACGAGGUUGAAAUGAAAGUGCCUGUAGAGAUCGAGGGUGCUGCGGUGGUGAAGGAAGAAGGAAGCGGUGAUGCUGAGGGAGAUACAGGCAAGGCGAGUGCUGGCAGCAGAGAGAAGAAGGUUGGCAGCAGAGAGAAGAAGGUUGGCAGCAGCGAGAAGAAGGUUGGCAGCAGCGGUGGUGUGAAGCGGGAAGAUGAGGUGACAGUGAAGGCAGAGCGAUCAGGGAACGAGGGUGGUGGUUUAGCAGAGGGGGAGGGCAGAGCAGUGGGAGGGGGUGGGAGUGAGGGAGGAGGGGAGGCGGCCAUGCUGGUGGAUGAUCCCGACGAGGACGACCUCGCCUGCAGCAAGCGCCGCCUCUUCCCCGAUGGCCCCCCUCUGCCUGCUCCGCCUGCUGCUGCCCCCCGCCCUCCUCUUCCUCCUCCGCCUGCUCCCACCGGGCCUGCAGUGGCAGCAGCGCGGGUGCAGGUGAAGUGCGAGGCGGGUGAGAGCGAGGGUGUGCCUGUGAAACGCGUGACUGUGACUCAUGCCGCUGCUCCUGCUGCUGCCAAGGCUGCUGCCCAUGCACGGCUGGACAAGAAGGGGGGGCAGCAGGUGCGGGAGGAGGCGGAAGGAGGUGCAGCAGCAGCAGCAGGGCAGAGUGACAAGAGCCGGCUGACGCCAAAGCGGCGGCGGCUGAUAGAGAGCUACGUUGACCGGCUGAUGGCCGACCUGCAGCGCCCUCAGUGGAUGGAGCUGCCAUUGGCUGGAGUGGAUCCAAGGGCUCUCAUCGGCCGACUGUGCAAGGUGUACUGGCCGCUGGACGAGCGGUGGUACGCGGGGCUGGUGUAUGCAUAUGACGCGCGCACGGGCAAGCACCAGGUGCGGUACGACGAGACGGAGAGCGAGUGGCUGCGCAUGGCAGCUGAACGCAUCAAGCUGCACCUCCCCCGCCACGACCCCCUCCUCGCUCUCUGCCCCACCCCCCCUCCCCCUCCCCCUGCUGCUGCUUCUGCUCCUCCCGCUGCUGCUGCUUCUGCUGCUGCUGCUUCCGCUCCUGCUGCGGCUGCCACGUGUGCCACGGCCCCCCUGGUGGAGGAUUGUGGGAAGGAGGAGGGCAGCAGGGACGGCGGCGAUCCAGGGUGUGAGAGAGAGGAGGAGCAGGGGAGGGAGGAGGAAGGGGAGGACGAACGAAGCGGGGACGAGGGGGAGGAGGAUGAGGACGAGGAGGGGGGAGUGGAGUUGGUUGGGGAGGGAGGGAAGGCGGCAAAGGGUGGCAAGGGGAGGGGGUGGCGGGGCAGGCGGGGGUGGCAGGGGCGGGGGCAGGGCGGGCGCGAGCUGGCGGAGCUGGCAGCGAGCAUGGCGCGGGACAUGGACCCUGCUCGCGCUGCUGUGCUGGCUGCUGCUGCCAUGCUCUCCUCCUCCACCCGCACUGCGCCCAGAGACCACAGGGCCGCGGACCAGGGGGCUGCGCCCAAGGCCAAGGCGGAGGGGCCAGAGGCGGGGGCGGGAGGGGGGGCUGUUCGGCGGGAGGGCACAGGGGCGGGCAUGGCAGGGGGGACGGGGGGGCCGCUGGAGGAGCUGAAGCUGGGGCGGUUUGGCGCCAAGGAGCUGGUGUGGGCACGCGUCAAGGGGCACCCAGCAUGGCCGGCCAUGGUGUUGGAUCCGGCAGUGGCGGAGCGAGUGGGGCUGCGGGCGGUGAGGGAGGGCGGGGCGGGGGAGGUGCUGGUGCACUUCUUCGGCUCCUACGAGUGCAGCAUCGUUGCCGCCUCUGCCGCCUGCCCCUUCCUGCUCGGCCUCGCCAAGGGGCUGCACAACAAGAGCAAGGCCGCCUGCUUCAAAACAGCGCUCCAUGAAGUCGAAAGGUUCCUGCUGGUGGAGGAGCUGCCAGCGAAGAUGGCGUUCCUGCACGGAUCGGGGUCGGAGGAGGGCAGCGACGAGGGCAGUGAGGAGUCGGGGAGUGAUGGGAGCAGCGCGGAGGGCAGCGAGGGGGCGAGCGAGGAGGGCAGUGAGCGGCAGAGUGGAAGUGGGGAGGGCAGCCAGAGCAGUGGCGAGGAGGGGAAUGGGGCAGCAGAGGCGGAUGAGCGCAAGGGGUUGAGGGCGGCAGGCAGCGCGGGCAAGAGUGGGGCUGAGGUGGGGGGACGGGCAGCAGUGGUGGGAGGCAAGGUGGUUGAUGGGCGUGGCGUGGGGCAGGCAGGAGCAAGUUCAGGGGGGUGUGGAGAGGCAGAUGGGGAGGGGGACGGGAAGGUAGGGGAGGCGAGGAGGAGCGGGGGGCAGGCAGUGGGGUCGGAUGCGGUGAUGGGGGGUGACUCCGCCACCACGGCCACGUCCCCGCCGUCCCUGCCCCUGCACAUCGGCUCCCUCACCCUGCUCUCCCUCGGUGCGCCCCCCUCCUCCCUCACCCUGCUCUCCCUUGGUGCGCCCCCCUCCUCGCCCCUUUUUCUCAUUCGCUUCCUCCGAGCACCUUCACCCCACUCCUCCCAUGCAUGUGCCCCAACCCAACCCAACCCUUGCGAAGCCACCUUUGCAGCCUCCCACACCUCCCCCUUCCCCCCGUGCCCACAGGGCGAGUGCUGCCGGGCGAGCCUGGCUUCCACACGGCGCAGCACAUCUACCCUGUCGGCUACAAGGCUGUCCGCCCCUUCCCCUCCGCCCAAGGUGUGUUCCGCCCCUUCCCCUCCGCCCAAGGUGUGUUCCGCCCCUUCCCCUCCGCCCAAGGUGUGUUCCGCCCCUUCCCCUCCGCCCAAGGUGUGUUCCGCCCCUUCCCCUCCGCCCAAGGUGUGUUCCGCCCCUUCCCCUCCGCCCAAGGUGUGUUCCGCCCCUUCCCCUCCGCCCAAGGUGUGUUCCGCCCCUUCCCCUCCGCCCAAGGUGUGUUCCGCCCCUUCCCCUCCGCCCAAGGUGUGUUCCGCCCCUUCCCCUCCGCCCAAGGUGUGUUCCGCCCCUUCCCCUCCGCCCAAGGUGUGUUCCGCCCCUUCCCCUCCGCCCAAGGUGUGUUCCGCCCCUUCCCCUCCGCCCAAGGUGUGUUCCGCCCCUUCCCCUCCGCCCAAGGUGUGUUCCGCCCCUUCCCCUCCGCCCAAGGUGUGUUCCGCCCCUUCCCCUCCGCCCAAGGUGUGUUCCGCCCCUUCCCCUCCGCCCAAGGUGUGUUCCGCCCCUUCCCCUCCGCCCAAGGUGUGUUCCGCCCCUUCCCCUCCGCCCAAGGUGUGUUCCGCCCCUUCCCCUCCGCCCAAGGUGUGUUCCGCCCCUUCCCCUCCGCCCAAGGUGUGUUCCGCCCCUUCCCCUCCGCCCAAGGUGUGUUCCGCCCCUUCCCCUCCGCCCAAGGUGUGUUCCGCCCCUUCCCCUCCGCCCAAGGUGUGUUCCGCCCCUUCCCCUCCGCCCAAGGUGUGUUCCGCCCCUUCCCCUCCGCCCAAGGUGUGUUCCGCCCCUUCCCCUCCGCCCAAGGUGUACCCGCGUGUGGUGGUGAAUCACGUGAUGGAGAUCCUUCAGCAGGCGCCCCCUCCUCCUCCUCCCCCUCCUCCUCCGCCCCCCACUGCUGCUGCACCAGCGCCAGCAGCAGCGCCAUUUGUGCCCUCGGGGGAAGGGGCAUGGCGGCGCCCCCAGCUGCGCCAGACACCACAGCGCAUGCAGCAGCAGCAGCCCAAGGGGGGCAAGAAGCCACAGCAGAAGAAGCAGCCGCCUGGCGCCUCCGGGACUGCUGGAAACACCCCAGUGCCUGGUGGUCCAAUCUUCCGAGUCACCCCAGAAGGCUCUGAUCCGGUGGAGGGCCCAUCACCGGGCGAGUGCUGGCGCAUCAUCCAGAGGCGCGUGGCGGAGGCCAAGCGCCUGCUGCUGCAGCACCUGCACCCGCCCAGCACUGGCGCAGGGGGAGGGGCAGGCGGAGGGGCAGGGGCAGUUACGGGGGCAGGGACAGGGGGUGGAGGCACGGGGGGAGGGGAAGGGAGGGCGCAGAGGGGCGGGGGGCCGAUGAUGGUGCCGCUGGCGGUGCUGCUGCAGCGAGGCGAGGGCAGCGGUGGUGCGGUGCUGCGUGCUGGAGCAGAUGCAGAGGGGACCGGUGGUGGCAGGACAGGCGCGGAGGCAGAGGCGGGUGAUGGUAGCCGGGCAGGGGCGGCAGAGGCAGGGGGGGGUGAUGGGGGCAAAGCAGGUGCAAGGGCGGAGGAGCAAGAGAGAAUAGCAGCGGUAACGAGCGGUGGCCGUGGGGCGGAGGAUGGGCAGGCACAGAUUGAAGGCACACAGCGGACAGAGAGGGAUGGUGGGGGCGGGGGCAGAGAGGGCGCUGUGGGGCAGGGAGGGGCAGAGGCGGAAGCAAUGGAGGUGGAUGGGGGCGGAGGGGACGAGAGGGGGGACACAGCAGCAGGCGUCCAAGGGGCUUCGUCCCAGGGGGGGCUGCCUGCAGGGGACCCUCUCAGGUGGGCCUUCCCCCCCGCCUCUGCAGCGCGCCCCCUCGCCGCCUCCCCCUCAUCCGCGCCCCCGCUCACCCCCUCCCCCCUGCGGCCGCCGUGGCAGGCGCUGCCAGCACAGGGCACAGGGGGCGGGGCAGCGCAUGGCAGUGGCAGCCCGCGGUGUGGGGGUGAGUGUGGUGGGGUGAGUGGGGGGUGGGGCGGCAGCGGUGGCAGCUGUGGCAGCGGGGGCAGCAGGGGCAGCGGGCGGUGUGGGGCAUGGCUGCCGUCGCACCACGUGCGGUCGGGGGCACAGAUGUUCGGCCUCACUCACCCACGAGUGGCGCAGCUCAUUCAGGGUCUGCCCAACGCCACCCACUGCCAGCAGUUCACCGCGUGGGUCAACGCCCCUCGCCCUGCGCCUGCUUCCAACACUGCGGACGCCAGCAGGGGCGAGAGGGCGCGACAGGCCAGUGCGCCGGCAAAGCAGCAGGGGGAGGCAGCGCAGGGGGCGCGGGCGGGGGCCGUGGUGGUGAAGGAGUCGCGGCUGCCGGCGGGGUUCAAAGCGGUGGAGUACCGGCAGGCGUCCCUCGACCGCUGCGACGUGUGCUGCCUCUCCGAGGAGUACGAGGACGACCAGCUGCUGCAGUGCGACAGCUGUCGCAUCAUGGUCCACAUGGCGUGCUACGGCGUCAGAGAGCCGCCAGAUGGCGGGUUGUGGCUGUGCGACGUGUGCAGCAAGUACGAGCGGCAGGGCAAGCGCGAUGCCAAGCCCCUCUGCUGCCUCUGCCCCGUGCAAGGGGGAGCCAUGAAGCGGACGGUGCAUGGGCUGUGGGCGCACCUGGCAUGCUCUCUCUGGAUCCCAGAGACGUCGUUUGUGAACAUCAAGCGCAUGGAGCCCGUCACUGGCUUUGAUGACAUCCCCAAGGCGCGGUGGCAGCUGCGGUGUUGUGUGUGCCGCAUCCCCCACGGGGCGUGCAUACAGUGCGCGGCAGGGCAGUGCUACACCGCCUUCCACCCGCUCUGCGCCAAACUCAAGGGCUACCCCAUGCUGACGUUGGACAUGAGUGAGGAGAGCAUGGAGCGCAGCCGGCUGCACGGCACGGUGGUGGGGUCCGUGGCCAUGAUCUGCUUCUGCCCGCGCCACCGCGCGCGCGCCAAAGCCCUCCACGCCACGCCCUCCCUCCCCCCCCACCCCUCCGCGCCCUCCCCCUCCCCCGAACCCACCGCCGCUGCUGUUCCCCCUCGCCCGCCCUCCCCCACCUCUGCCCCAGCCACAUCCGCUGCUGCUGCUGCCUCCCUCGGCCCCUCCGAUCCACUGCCCAAAGUCCUCCCCAUGUCGCAGCUGCUCUGCCACCCCUCGCCCUCGCAGCUCCCUUCCCCCUCCGCCGCCCCUGCUGCUCUGGGCAGUGAGCAGGCUGAGAGGGGGAGAGAGGGGAUGGGAGGGAGCGAGGGCGACAGAGAAGAGGGCGGUGGGGGUAGGGAGGGUGCGAGAGAGACUAGGAGCGGUGGAGGUGUGAGGGCGGGGAGAGAGGGAAAAGGAGGGGAGAAUGAGGGUGGCAGUGGGAGUGGCAGCGAGAGUGGGUGGAGUGAGAGCAGUGGAACAGGAGGGGGUAGCAGUGAGGGCGGGUGUGAGAUGGACAGCAGCCGGCGGGAUGUGCCACCAGGUGGCCGGGCGGGCGGAGAGAGAGUGCUGUGCGCUCGAACAGAGCCCUUUGACGCGCGCAUACGGAGGGGGCGCAGGGAGCCGGAUGCGGUGGCGGCGUUCCUGACGAAGCGGUCGUUUCUGGAGAACGUGCCCUUCGCCAUCUGUGGCCGGCGCCAGGAGCAGCGCCGCGUGCACGGCCCCUCCGUGGUGGAGGCGGUGCGAGCGCACAUGCAGCACGCCGCCUCCCACCCCGCCCAGGAGCUCGGCUCCAAGGACGGGCACGUGGGCACAGUGGGGGAGGGGCGCGGCAGGGCAGGGCAGCACGAGGUGUGCCGUGACGCGGAGGGUGUGAGGGACGUGGGGCCGGGGGGGGGCGUGCAUGUGAGUAGGCUGCGGCGGUUGCUGCACUCGGGGCUGGUGGGUGGCGCGGAGGGGCAGGAGGGGCAGGCGGGCAGUGGGGAGGGCGAGGUGCGGUCGAUGUCGGACCGCUUCCGCCGCAUGAAGUCCACCCAGCAGCAGCGCCUCGCCUUCGGCAAGUCAGCCAUCCACGGGUGGGGUGUGUUCGCCAAGACGCCUCAUCGGGCCGGGGACAUGAUCAUAGAGUACGGGGGCGAGGUGGUGCGGCCAGUGGUGGCAGACUUGAGGGAGAGGCGCUGCUAUGACUCACUCGUGGGAGCGGGCACGUACAUGUUUCGGAUCGACAGCAACCGAGUGGUGGACGCCACCAAGGCGGGCACCAUAGCACACCUCAUCAACCACUCCUGCAACCCCAACUGCUACUCGCGGGUGGUGCAGGCGAGUGCGGAGGAGCGCAUUGUCAUCUUCGCCCGGCGGGACAUCAUGGCUGGCGAGGAGCUCACCUACGACUACAGGCACGGCCCUGAGCCCUCCCCUCCCCUCCCCCCCCCCCCCCCCCCCUCCCCCCCACUUGCCGCACGCCCACUCUCAAUCGCCUUCCACGCCCCUAUGCCUCCCAACCGUGAUCCAUCCACUCUCCUCCCUCUCAGGUUUGACUCGCAGGACGAGCAGCUGGCGUGCAACUGUGGCAGCAGCGGGUGCCGUGGCGUGGUCAACAUUCUGAGGGGCCACGACGACCACGCCGAUGGAGACGUGGCCAUGUGGGCCCCUCGCAGCGAGCUGCUGCCCUGGCAGCCGCCCACCGCCCCCCUGUGA